CACACACACACACGUGUACAUAUACAAGCACGUUCACAUACGCUAACGCAUGCACAUUCUCAAAUGCUCGUUUGCUAUAGAUCAGGGUAUUUCUAUACCUAAUAUUUGACACGACAGCUGUGGAUUGGACAAGUAUACUACAUGACUGGUGACUAAAUGUCUAUUUGAUAAAAAAUAACUGCAAGAGGACACAAAGGUGAACCAACAAAGACAUACCUAAAAGAGCAAGGAUUACCAAAAACGUAAAGAAUAACAAAAACAAAAAAACAUCCAAGAUGGCUGCCGCUGCCGUGGAACUGCUGGGGUUCUUCCUGGGUCUCCUGGGCAUGAUUGGCACUCUGACGGCCACGGUGCUGCCCUACUGGGAGAUCUCCUCACACCUCGGCGCCAACAUCAUCACGGCCGUGGUCAACAUGAAGGGGCUGUGGAUGGAAUGCGUGUACCAGAGCACCGGUGCCUUCCAGUGCGAGACCUACAACACCAUCCUGGGGCUGCCCACAGACCUGCAGGCGGCCCGCGCCAUGAUGGUCCUCUCGGUCCUCUUCUCCGUGUUGGCCUGCGCCGUGUCCAACCUGGGGAUGCAGUGCACCGUCUGCAUGGGCGGCUCCUCGGCCAAGACCCGGGUGGCGGGAGCGGGCGGUGGCCUGUUCCUGACGGCGGGGCUCCUGGCUCUGAUCCCGGUGUCGUGGAAGACCCACGAGGUGGUGCAGACCUUCUACACGCUCAACGUGCCCGACAGCCUGAAGUAUGAGAUGGGCGACUGCCUGUACGUGGGCAUGGCGUCCUCGCUGCUCUCCAUGCUGGGCGGCGGGCUUCUCAGCAUCUCCUGCUGCGAUGAGAUCGAUGGGCCCGGGGGCAGGAGGGGCACCAGGAGGCCCGGGGGUGGGUACCCGUACCCUCAGGGCAUCGCGGUGGGCACAGGUGGCGGGGGUAUCCGCGGGGGCGCCUCUCACUCCAUGCCGUACCGGGGUCCGCCCGCCGCCACCGCUGUCGCCAAGGGCAACACGCUCAGCCACACCAGCACCAGCAGCCAUUCCACCCAUGUCGCCGCGCAGGGCUCCCAGAAGGCACCGCGGCAGCAUCCGGCCGCCGGCUAUGAUGUCACUGGGUACGUGUGAAACGGGGGG